AUGCGCAACAUUCCUGUUUUCUGCCUUUUCACACUUGCCUCUCUUUCGCUUGCAUUUGGCGUGCUCAUAGAUAGUCCUAUCGUUUUCAACACCACAGAUAACAAGCCGAUAGAAUACCUUUACUUUUACGGCAUCAACAAAUUGAAUAUCUCGAUGGCCAGAGAUAGGUGCCAUUUAUUUGGUGGAAUACUUGCCAAUGUUUAUUCGCAGAAUGUCCUCAGCACGAUUGGAAAGUAUAUGCAUACCGGCGACCCUGCAUAUAUCAAUUCUUGGCAAGGAAACACUUACAAAGGAACUUGCAUUGCUAUAUUGAAAGGCCCAAGUGGCGUAAAGCCUGGGGACAAUAAUAUCGCCAUAUUUGGUACUCAGCGUGAAACAUCUAACUUUUAG